AGUUAGCGUGGAUAUUGUAUUAAUUAGCUGUAUUAAUAAUUAUAUCAAUGACCGUCGUCAUAGUUUCACAAUUAGAACGCUCGUGGCUUGUUGCCUAGCAACCUGUUCGCUUUAGCCAGGCAGUCAGUUGCAGGUGUGUUAGGAGAAGCGGUACGUAAUGGCGGACCGAGGACUGGAGAAAGCUGACAUAGGGGCACUGAGCCCUGAGCAAAAGGAAAAAUUGCGCCAGUUUAAGAUCAAGACCAAAAUAGCGAAUGAAAUGUAUCUGAGAGCUCAUCCAGAAGUAGAAAUGUUGCUGAGUGAUUUUCUGAGAGACGUGUUUGUUAAAAGACCUACAGAUAUCCGUGAAUUUGCUGCAGGUCACUUCAGUGAUCCAGACCUACCAAGGAAACUUCAGCAGAAAGUGGAAGAGAAGGCUUCAGCAAACAUAUGAAGCAGUUUUAAACCCUAUAUGUUCCAUAAAACAAUGAGAAACACAAUGCUUUUCUUGAGCUAUUUUCUAAUUGGGAUUUAUCAGGGGAGAAGUCGCUGGCUCGUUUGUUAAAUGAGACUAUGGGGAUGUAAACACUAUGGAGAUGAAUGUCAACUCCACCGAAGUGAACAAAAUACCACGAUCAAGUGUUACUAUAGUCACAUCGACUAUAGUAGAGGUCACAAAUUCUACAAGCAUUUUUCUUCCUAUUAAAACAUUAACCAAUUUUUGUACAGAUAUUUGCCAAUUGCAAUCGUCUAUCAUGCAGAAAGUUAACGUUCCAUUUUUAAAUUUGAUCGUAAGAUGUUCGUUUGUCUCAAAAAUGUUUAUGAGAAACAUUAAUUUCUGGAUUCAUAACAUCCUAUGCAGUAUGGUAUUAGAAUCCACCCCAAAAUUAAAAUUCCAGCAAGAGAUAUUUUAAGCUACAUAAAACAUAUUUUUUUAAGUCACAUUUUUCCAGUCAAAAAUGCAGGUAUUUUUUUCUACAAAAUACAGGUUUCAAAAGUAUUAUUAAUAUGUUAUGAUGUCAUAACAGUAUGUGAAGUAUGUGGACUGAUUACUUAACAUGGCUCAAAUGUCUCUGAGAAUUCAGGCACUUGUCACAAACCCAAUUAUUCUGAAAGACACCAUACUGUAUGUAAAAUUCACUCAUCUCUCUGUAUAACAUAAUUUAAUAAAUUGCAUGUAAAUAAAUGAAAUAUAAGACGA